UUAAGUUGCAGCAGGGGCCACACCAGAGUCUCCCGGGUUGUGGCGAAUUUGUAGGGAUCCUUUUGUUUUUUUCUGAGGUGCGGACGACUGGGAGAGAAAGAGAGGUAACUUCGCUGCGGAGCGGCCUGCGGCUGUCGGGCUGCCAUGGCGACGCGGCGAGGCUGCCAGGACCGGAGUCCCCGGGAGCGGAAGUCGCCGGCGGGACUGGGAGAGUCCCCGCCGGUCCUGACCCUCAGCCACUUCUGUCCGAAGCCUUUUCUGUGCUUCGGGAACGUGCGCCUGGGGGCCUCGAAGACGCUGCCGCUGGCCCUGCUCAACCCUAACCCCGAAGCGGCUGCGGUGACGCUGCCGCGCUGUCCCGCCGCCGCCCAGGGCUUUGAGGUCUGGCCGAGCGCCUUGGAGCUGCAGCCCAAGGAAAAAAAUGUUAUUUCUGUUAACUGGACACCAAUAAAAGGAGGCCGAGUAAGGGAGAUUCUGACAUUUCAUGUAAAUGGCAUUGUGAAACAUGAAGUGAUAUUAUUAGGGAAUGCAGAAGAGCCAAAAAAGAAAAAGAGGAGUCUUUGGGAUACCAUUAAUAAGAAAAAAGUUUCAGCCCCUUUGAGUCGUAAGAAGAGGAUUUCAAAUAUUCAGAAUGUUAAUGAAACGUUCAGUGUUUCCCAAAAAGUGGACAGAGUUAGGAGCCCGCUGCAGGCUCGUGAAAACCUGGGCAGGAAAGAGGGCUGUUCUCCAACAGAAAACAGUUCUUUGAUCCUUGAAGGGGAUAAAAUACCCAUCUCGCCCAUCAGUCCCACUUUCAAAGGAUGCCGUGGGGAGCCUGGCUUGCCCCUUUGUGUCCGUCGGUCCACUACCUACACGUGUCUUCAUGCCUCUGAAAAUGGGGAGUUAUGGAAAUUAGAAGACGCCAACAUUUCCAAAGGUUUUAAUGAGAAAGUCCUUACCGAAACUUCUGUUGACUCCAUAAAUAAUAACAGCCAAGUGGAAGAGGAGAGUAAACUUACCGUCACCCCAAACUGCCCUUCAACUUUGAACGUCUCACAAAGCCACGGGAAUUUCCUAAGUCCAGAUUCUUUUGUAAAGAACAGCCACGCGGCUGAUCAUGAACUAAAAUCAGUGCCAUGUAUGUCGUCGGAUACAUUUCUGAAAGACGAUUCAAGGCCCGUGCAUUUGGAAUCCAAACCUGUACAUGAAGCUUACCAGACAAUUCUAAGUCCAGAUUCUUUCCUAAAGGACAAUUACGGACUAAGUGCGGAGGUAGAAUCAGAAUCGGUGAGUCCAAUUCUGUCCUCGAGUCGAUGUGUAGAAGAUAAUGUAACACGCAGAUCUCUCUCUCAACAAACGUGCAAAUUAUCACCAUUUCUAAACGGAUAUUCUCAGGCCUCAGAAUCUCCUCCCGUGCAGAGAAAAAAUGAAGUUUUACUGUGUAUUCCUGAAUGCCAGGGUUCAAACUUUCCAGGAACUAUUUUUGAAGGACCUAAGUCUUCAGAAAUGAAACCAAAUUGUGACAGUUCUAUAAAACACAAUCAGCCUGGAUUUUCUGCAGUUCAGGACAUUUCUGGUUAUAGCCACAAGACACAGCUUAAGAGACGUCCAGUCCUUUCUGCGACUGUGACUAAAUUGAAGCCUACUGGUAACAGAGAAAACAAAACCGAGACAAGCCAACCAAAGGCAAGGAGGUGUCUCUGCAGUGUAGAAGGUGAAGAUGAAAAAGUGGCUGAUAGUGCAGAAGAGAGAGAUACUCUUCGUUCUUAUCUCCCAGUUAUAGAGCCAGCAGUAAGCAGCCCGACGAGUUGCAAAACAGCGGUAGACUCUUCCUCAAGGGCAGCUUCGGCUGCUCGUAAAAGGAAGAGCGAGGGAAACGUGGAGGGGGCCCGUGUGCUGGUCGGGGUCGCAGAACACACCGAAGUACCAGCGACCGAGAGGAUCCGUUUUUCCCCCUGGGCGUCCACAACAUCAGCUGCUAAAAAAACGAGAAAGGUGAUAAUGCCUGUCUCCAACCCUGCCAGCAGCAGAGAGAAACUACACCCGAAGAAGAGACCUGAUUCUUUAGCACACAAAACUCCCAGUUCUAAAACAAACGGAAGGACAAAACGCGUUGUUCCAGUGGCACAGUCUCAUCUGACCUUCAUAAAACCGUUGAAAACAGAUGUUCCUCGACACCCAAUGCCGUUUGCGGCGAGGAACAUGUUUUAUGACGAGCGCUGGAAGGAGAAGCAGCAGCAGGGAUUCACGUGGUGGCUGAACUUCGUACUGACCCCCGACGACCUCACCGUCAAGACCAGCGUCUCCGAAGUAAAUGCUGCUGCUCUGCUCUUGGGCGUGGAGAACCAACAUAAGCUGAGCGUCCCCCGAGCUCCCACAAAAGACGAAAUGUCGCUCAGGGCUUACACGGCCCGGUGCCGGCUGAACAGGUUGCGUCGAGCUGCGUGCCGCUUAUUUACUUCUGAAAAAAUGGUGCAAGCCAUCAAAAAGCUGGAGAUCGAAAUUGAAGCCAGGCGGCUGGUUGUUCGCAAAGACAGACACCUCUGGAAAGAUGUGGGAGAACGGCAGAAGGUGCUGCGCUGGCUGCUGUCGUACAACCCGCUGUGGCUGCGGAUCGGCCUAGAGACAGUUUUUGGCGAACUCGUAGCUCUGGAAGACAACAGCGAUGUCAUGGGGAUGGCCGUGUUUAUUGCGAGCCGCCUGCUGUGGAAUCCUGACCUAGCCGCUGAGUACAGACACCCCUCCGUCCCUCACCUGUACCGGGAUGGUCACGAAGAGGCUUUGUCUCGGUUUACACUGAAGAAGUUGCUGUUGCUGGUUUGUUUCCUUGAUCAUGCCAAAGUCUCCAGACUUAUUGACCACGACCCCUGUCUGUUCUGUAAGGACGCCGAGUUCAAGACUAGUAAAGACCUUCUUCUGGCGUUUUCCCGAGACUUUCUGAGCGGCGAGGGCGACCUUUCCCGUCACCUUAGCUUAUUGGGGCUCCCUGUCAGCCACGUUCAGACGCCGUUUGAUGAGUUUGAUUUUGCUGUGACUAAUCUCGCUGUAGAUUUGCAAUGCGGGGUGCGUCUCGUACGAGCCGUGGAGCUGCUCACACAGAACUGGAACCUCUCGAAGAGUCUCCGGGUCCCGGCGAUUAGCCGCCUGCAGAAGAUACACAACGUGGACCUCGCCCUGCAGGCCCUCCGGGUCCGAGGCGUCCGGCUGCAGGACGAGCACGGGAAUGCGAUCCUGCCGAAGGACAUCGUGGACAGGCACCGAGAGAAAACCCUCGCGCUGCUCUGGAGCAUCGCACUGGCUCUCCAGGUGGAUGUUUCUCUGGAUUUAGAUCAGUUAAAGGAAGAAAUCGACUUUUUAAGACACACGUGGAGCCUGAGGAAGACGGUGCCCACACCCUCGAGCCGCCGGGACGCCGCCCGCGGUGCGCAGGCCAGCCCGGGGCCGCGCGGAUCCCCGGCACAGCAGAGUGAGAGCGUCGGGCUGCUGAUGGCCUGGGUGAACGCCCUCUGCGCCUUCUACGGCACGAGAGUGGAGAACUUCACGGUGUCUUUCUCAGACGGCCGCGUGCUGUGUUACCUGAUCCACCACUACCAUCCUGGCUGCGUGCCUUUCCACGCCAUCUGUCAGCGGACCACUCAGACGGUGGAGUGCGCGCAGACGGGCUUGGUGGUCUUGAACUCGUCCUCUGAGUCCGAGGAGAGCUGCCUGGAUGUGUCCCUCAAAGCGCCCGAUCCUGAAAACGCAGACGUGUACAGAGAACUCCUGGAGAACGAGAGGAGGAACUUCCAGCUGGUCGGGUCUGCCGUCCGCGACCUCGGGGGCGUGCCGGCCAUGCUUCACCACGCGGACAUGUCCAACACCAUCCCGGACGAGAAGGUGGUCAUCACCUUCCUGUCGUUCCUGUGCGCGAGGCUCUUGGAUCUCCGCAGAGAAACCAGAGCCGCUCGGCUCAUCCAGACGGCCUGGAGGAGGCACAAGGUGAAGUCGGACCUGAGACGCCGUCAGGAGAGAGACAAAGCCGCAAGAAUAAUCCAGUCGGCCAUAACCCGUUUUCUAGCCAGACGACGACUGAAGAAGGAGGUCAGCGCAGCCCGGGUCAUUCAGAAGUCCUGGCGAAGGUUCUUACGACAGAGAGAAUUACUGAUGCUAAGAAAGGCAGAGCUGGAAAAAAUUCAGAGUAAAUCAGCACUAGUUAUUCAGAAAUAUUGGAGAAGAUAUUCCACUAGAAAGAAGUUUCUGACACUGAAAAAGUACUCAAUCAUCCUGCAGUCCAGGAUAAGAGCGAAAAUGGCUGUUGCCUCUUACAAACGGUGUGUGCGGGCGGCCGUCACCAUUCAGAGCCAGUGGCGAGCUUGUGUAAGAAGAAGGCAGGAUCGGCAGAGAUACAAAACGCUCAGGUCAUCGUGCCUCAUAAUCCAGUCUGCGUUCCGAAGAUGGCAGCGCCGCCAGAUGCGAAGGCGGAUAAAAGCCGCCAUCACCCUGCAGGGGGCCUUUAGACAGUGGCGCGCCAGGAAACGGGCUAAAGAAGAAAAAUCUGCCACGGUCAUCCAGUCGUGGUAUAGAAUGCACAGAGAACUACGGAGGUACUCUCACACCAGAUCUUGUGUUCUUACCAUUCAGACCGAGUUUCGUCGCUUUCGAGCCCAGAAGUUAUAUAAAAGGAAAAGGGAAGCCAUCCGGACCAUCCAGACCCGCUGGCGCGCACACCUGGAGGCAAGGGGGGCGCGCGCCCCCUAUCUGCAGAAACUGGCUGCGGCCGUCUGCAUCCAGGCUGCGUUCAGGGCGGUGCGUGCCCGGCGCCUGCGCAGAGAAAACGCGGCUGCCUGCGUGCUCCAGGCGUACUGGAGGAUGAGACAGGAGAGGCUGCGGUUCCUGGCCCUUAGGAACACCGUCGUCACGUUGCAGGCACAUGUAAGAAAGCAUCAGCAGUUACGGAAGUACAAGAAGAUGCAGAAAGCCGCCCUUGUCAUUCAGACUCGUUUCCGAGCGCACAUUGCAGCCAGGACAGUCCUGGCGUCCUACCAGAGGACGCGUUCCGCUGCCAUUGUCCUGCAGGCUGCAUGCCGGGCGAGGCGAGCCAGGAAGGCGGUUCACCACGCCCUCACCUGUGUCAUAAGGAUUCAGGCGUGUUAUCGAGCUCACGUCUGCAGAAAACAUUUCCUGAGCCUAAAGCACACCACAGUGAAAUUACAGUCAAUGGUCAGGAGGCAACAAGCUCGAAAACGGUAUCUGCAGUUAAGGGCGGCCGUGGUGUUUGUCCAGCAGAGGUACCGGUUCCUGCAAAGGGCCGCGCGCCGGCGAGGGGAGCUCAGGCAGGUGCUGGAGGCCUGUGUCAGGCUGCAGGCCUGGGCUCGCGGGCACCAGGUGCGGCGGCAGGUGAGGCUGCAGCGGGCAGCGGCCACCUCACUGCAGGCCCACUUCAGGAUGAGGACGGUGCGGCGGGGCUACCUGAGGAUGCGCAAGGCCGCGCUUGUCAUCCAGAGAUGCUACCGUGCGCACCGAGUCUGGCUCCGGCAGCAGGAGGCGCUGCGUGCACGGAGAGCCGCCACCUGCCUGCAGGCUGCUUUCAGAGGCCACUGCGUGCGCCGACUGCUGCGCCGGCGGGCCCUGGCCGCGUUGACGAUCCAGAGUGCCUUCCGGGGCCACAGGGAACGGGCGAACUACCGCCGAGUGCUUCAGUCUGCCGUACAGAUUCAGAGGUGGUACAGGGCCAACUGUGCCGCCCGUGGUCUCCGCGCUCGGUUUCUAAAGGUGCGGGCCGCAGUGCUCACCCUCCAGGCCGCUUACCGGGGUUGGCGGGUUCGCGAGCAGAUCAGCAGGGACCGCAUGGCGGCCGUGGCCCUUCAGGCUGCCUUCAGAAGGGCCCGGGACCAGCGGCGGUUUCAACAGCUGAAAGCCGCUGCUCUGGCCCUCCAGCGGCGUCGUAGAGCGCAGGCCGCUGGCCGGGCGCAACGCCGGGACUACCUGCGGCUGCGGCGGGCCGCGCUGACCCUGCAGGCGGCGUGCAGGGGCCGAGCGGCGCGGAGGCAGAUCCAGAGGCGACACGCAUGUGCCACGCUCAUCCAGUCCUGCUACAGGAUGCACGCGCAGCGCAGGAGGUGGUUCGCCGUGAGGAAGGCCGCCCGUCUGAUUCAGACGUGGUUCCGGGCCUGCUGCCAGGGCAGGAGGCAGCGGCUUGCGUAUUUGAAGACCAAGGCAGCCGUCCUGGUAUUGCAGUCGGCUCACCGCAGGAUGCGGGAGAGAAGGAAGAGAGCGGAGGAGCGCACCAAGGCCGCGGCCACCAUACAGGCCGGAUACAGAGCUUACAGAGCCAAGAAGCGCCGGGCCGCCUGCAGGGCUGCAGCUGUCACCAUUCAGAGGUGGUACCGCAGUGUCAAAAUUGCAGACCGCCAGCACAAGGAGUAUCUUCAUUUGAAGAAGUCAGCGACCAGAAUCCAAGCCGUUUAUAGGGGUGUGCAGGUCAGGAGACACAUCGGACGUAUGCACAUGGCAGCCACGUUCAUUAAAGCCACGUUUCAGAUGCAUCUGUUGAAAAGGAGAUUCCGUAAAAUGAGAGCAGCCGCUGUCAUCAUUCAAGUGCGGUACAGGGCCUAUUGUCGAGGUAAAACUCAGCGUGCACAGUACUUGGCAGUUUUGAAAGCUGUCGACAUCCUCCAGGCAGGUUUUCGGGGAGCGAGAGUUCGGUGGAACCUCAGAAGGAUGCAGGCGGCCGCGGUGGUCAUCCAGUCGGGCUACAGAAGGCACAGGGAGCAGGCGCGCUUCCGCAGGGUCAAGGCGGCCACGAAAACGGUGCAGCGCAGGUACCGGGCUCUGAAGGCCGGGAACGAGCAGUCUGAGAGGUACAGGCAGUUAAGGCGUGCCGCGAUCCUCCUUCAGGCUGCGUUCAGGGGGAUGAGAGCCAGGAGGCGCGUCAAAGCUAUGCAUUCGGCUGCAGUGCUCAUUCAGAGGAGAGUCAGGGCUGUAAGGACCAGAAGGAGGUUCCUCUCUCUCCGGAAAACUGCCCUUUGGGUCCAGAGAAAAUACCGUGCCAAAGUUCACAACAAGCAUCACUUAGCAUUUCUGCGGUUACAGGAGGCCGCGAUCACGAUCCAGUCAUCGUUCAGAGGCUGGGCGGUAAGGAAAAGGCUGCAAGAGAUGCGCGGGGCCGCCACCGUCAUCCAGGCCACGUUCAGAAUGCACAGAGCGCAGGUGAGCUACCAGGCUUUAAGACACGCGGCGGUCCUGAUGCAGCGGCGUUACUGGGCGUGUAGAGCCGCGGAGCUGCAGAGAGAAAGGUUCGUCCGCCAGAGGCACUCUGCUGUGGUCAUUCAGGCCGCCUACAGGGGGUGGAGAGCGAGACAGCUUUUGCAGGGGACGCACAGAGCUGCCGUCCUAAUACAAAGCACAUACAGGAUGCACAGGCAGUAUGUUUUCUACCGCAAGGUUCAGUGGGCGACAAAGCUGAUACAAGAGAAAUACAGGGCAAAUAAAAGGAAGGCUCUUGAACCGAGAGCGCUGGCGGAAGCAGGAGCCCGCGUUCAAGCGGGUCCCCCGGACUUGGCCAUGGUGGAGCAGGCUCAGGAGCAACACCUGGCUGCCAGCACUGUCCAGAAGCACUUCAGAGGCUUCCGAGUGAGGAAGCGCUAUCUCCGCUUAAGAGCGGCCGUGGUUUUCGUCCAGAGGAGGUACAGAGCGAUCGCGGCGGCGCGCACUCUGGCAGCCCUCCACCUCCAGGCUUCUCAGGGAGGCGCUCGGGAGCAGCGGGGCACCCGGGGUGGGCACCCGGCAACCCCACGCAUUCAGCCCUCCUGCAGCACGCACGGGGCCCACGCUGCCCGCCCGGUGCGGAGAGGCACGGCUGCUGCCUUACAGAGUCGCUGCCGGCCACGGGUCGGAGUGAAAACAAGGAGGAGGCGGUCUUCGGCCGUCCAGACACCCACUCCAGCUGCUCAGGCUGCAUUCAGGGACACGGAGACUGGGCUGGAACUGGAAAAUGCCACCGAGGAAGAGGUGGCAGCCACCGUUGACCGACCCGCCUCCCGCUGGGCUCUGGCUGAGACCAGACAGGAAGCUGCCUGGAGCUCAGUGGUGGGGCCUCCCACGUGCUCUGAAGCUCUGGUUGCCUGUUCUCCGGCCGCAGCGGGUCACUCUCAAAGCAGGGCUGCGGUGACGGUUCCCAAUGCUUUUCACACAAUGGCCGCAGGAACCUUGGACUUGGAGCUGUGGGCUGCCCUGCGAGUUCAGUCCUUCCUGGGAACGGCUGCCUGUCGGAGAAGGUUUGUGCAGCAGAGAAGAGCCGCGAUCACUCUGCAGCUGUCCUUCCGGGCACGGCGGGCCAGAAGACAGUUGUGGCUGUGGAGGAGGGCGGCGGUGGUCUUGCAGACCUGCCUGCGAGCCUGUCUGUCUGCAAAGCGUCAGAGAAGAGCGUAUUUAUGGGCCAGGAGCAGUGCUAUCAUCAUUCAGGCUAAGACGAGAGGGCUUCUACAAAAACGGAGGUUUCUGAAAAUUAGAGAGAGCGCCUUGAAAAUGCAGAGAUCAGACGGGAGAGCCAGCGUUCGGCUGCUUCGCUUCGCAGCGGCUGCGUAUCACCACCUGUGCGCAGUCAGAAUCCAGAGAGCGUACAGGCGUCACCUGGCCGUGCAGGAUGCCAGAAGUCAUCUCCAUGCUGUCGUCUGCACUCAGAGACAGUGUCCAACCAGAUCACAGCUGAAGAGGCGGUUGCAGAUGCCUCAGAGCGUCUUAAACGUAGACCGUGAGGUUGAAGAACAUCAGAGGCGGCGGCACCGGGCUGCGUCGGUGAUCCAGAGGGCCGUGCGCUGCUUCCUCCGCCGCAGAGAGCAGGAGAGGUUUAGGAACGGAGUCGUUAAAGUGCAGGCGCUGUGGAGGGGCUACUCCUGGAGGAAGAAGAACGGCUGUGCCCAAAUCGAAGCCGUGCGCAGAAGGCUGCAGAUGGUGAGCGCGGAGGUUCGGGAAGAAAACACGCUGUCCCGGAGGGCCGCCCUCGCCCUCCACCACCUGCUGACCUACAGGCACCUGUCGGCUGUGCUCGAGGCUCUGAAGCACCUGGAGGUCGUCACCAGGCUGUCCCCGCUCUGCUGUGAGAGCGUAGCCCAGAGCGGAGGCGUCUCCAAGGUGCUGGUCCUGAUCCGGAGCUGCAACCGCAGCGUCCCCUGCAUGGACGUCAUCUGCUACGCCGUGCAGGUCCUGCUCAACUUGGCCAAGUAUGAGAAGACGACGCCAGCGGUCCGUGGCGACGAGGCCUGUGUGGACACCCUGCUGCAGCUUCUGCAGAGGUACCGAGAGAAGCCUGGCGACAAAGUCGCGGACAAGAGCAGAAGCAUUUUCAGCAAAACUUGCUGUUUGUUAGCUGUCGUACUGAAGGCAACAGGCCGAGCCUCCGACGUCCGGAAUAGGCCUGACGUUGUUGACUGUGUUUACAGUGUCUACAAGCUCACGGCUCGUAAACGCACGGUGAACACUGAAAGAAUGCCUUGUAAAGAAAAUAAGAAUGGUUCUCUGAGCACUCCCUUCACUCCCGACACAGCUGUGAGAACCAGAGCAGUUCCGAGGCUUCAGCCAGACUGGGUUUUGAGUCGGGAUAACAUGCAAGAAAUUGGGGACCCCCUGCACGCCAUUCAGAUGGUGAUGGACACGCUGGGCAUCCCCUUUUAGUAAAUUAGUAGGGGCAGGCCUUUCCUGCUCGGGGCAGAGGCCCAUGAGAGCAGGUCACGAGUAUAAAGUAUUCUGGCUCUUCGGGUAGAACUUUUAAAGUUGCUUUUGUUUUAAAAUUAAAAAAUAAAUGUGCCGCGAAAACUCCA